AUGGAGUUUGCUGCGGUCACGACGGCCAGCGAGGUGGUGGUGCGGGGCGACGCGGAAGGGCAGCGCGGCUGCUGCGGUCCGGCUGAAAGACGCCCGGAGCAGCGGACCACGGCGCGGGGAAGGCGCGAGCCACGACGGGGCAGCACAGCGGGACCGCGGGGCAGCAACCGGCAACGGCGGCCAGGUACCGCGGCCGAGACGGUGGUCGAGCAGGCGCAUGAGGGAGACGGCGCCUGGAAGCCGCAGGCCGGCGCGGACCCGAGGACCGCGGGCGUGCUCGCGCGCGGCAUGGCACAGCCAUGGCGUGCAGCAGCAUGCAGAGGAGGCGUGGGGCUACGGUGGUGCGACUGCGGGCGCACGGCAACGGACGAGCAGUGUGCACUCGCAGGGAAGGAAGAAGGAGGGGCGCGGGCGGUUGCUCGCGCGAGACGGAGCUUGAACGGCGGGGCCAAGGGGCGAGCGGGAGGGAUGGCGCUGCUGGCACAAGCGGGGAAGGGAUGA